AUUUGUUCAAGUUCACACCUUUCUCGAGGAACCUCAAGUGCAACCAUGAAGUGGAUUCUUCUGUUAGGUCUGACAGUGCUUGCCAUCGGAGCGACAUGUGGAGCACCGUUUCCUAACAUUGAAACCGAAAAGAUGCAAAACAAUGUUAAACGAUCUCGUCGUUCCUCUGCUCCAAUCGUGAUAACUAAUAGCUUACCUAAUCCUUUUAUGGAUUUGGUAAUGGAUACCCUAAUUAAAUUGGAUGAACUGUACAGUGCUCUGAAUUCUACAUGGACACCCGACCAAAAAGUAGUACCUUUGAGAAUAGAAACCUUUUUAGAAAUAAAAGUAAACAAAGAUGCAGUAGAUCAAUUUUUUAAGAACAUUAAAGUGCUGACUAACGUGGGCAAACGCUGGCCCAAACAUGUGGAACAUGUCCCUUUUGCUGAAGGUGAGAAGGAAUCUGAGAAACUUCUAGAGAUAAUCGUGGAGAAAGAUAGCUCCGAUAACACUGAGAGUGUGUCGAUCAAAGAUAAUGAUAAAGAUAAUGUUGACACGUUAUUAAAAGAGGAAACGUCAGAAAAUGCGCGUUCUAGUGGGCUUCUGAACCUUUUUGGUUUUCGUUCAUAGACGUGAAACAGUACAAAACAAACGAAGAGUCAGCGUCAUUCCAUGUACAACGGAAGCCGCAAGCUACGGAUCAACCAGGAAGCAACUAACCACGCAAUAACGCACAAUCGAACGUUAAUAAACAAAUCGGCUCAAAAGAACGAUGAGGCUGUUUGUCUCGCAAUUAUAAAGUUUGUAAUCUGAAUUUUUUUACACAAUACUUGUUCUAUUUCUAUAUAAUUUUGUGAGU